GUUCACUGUGAUAGCUAACAGCGACAAGUGUGACAUUAUAAUUAUAUAUAAGAGAAAGCAUUAUUUUGUUAUUAAAGUUUAAAUCUACAAGAUGUCGGCGACUGAAAGAGGGGAUGCCUUUAAAUCGGUUAUAUCGACACUAAAGCACACAUUUUCAUCCAAAGAAAGAAUUGAUAAUUGUAAAGCUCUGGCAGCAUUCUUGGGCAUUUAUUUAAUGGUAGGCUAUGGAGCACAGUUUGUUUGUAACUUUGUUGGAUUCCUCUAUCCAGCUUAUGCAUCAGUUAAAGCCAUAGAGAGUCGUCAGAAAGAAGAUGAUACACAAUGGUUGACGUACUGGGUGGUUUAUAGCUUUUUCUCAUUGGUUGAGUUCUUUGCUGACAUUUUCCUGUUCUGGAUCCCAUUUUACUGGUUUCUGAAGUGCGUGUUCUUGGUAUGGUGUAUGGCUCCUAUUGCUUCUAAUGGCUCUCAGAUGAUCUACCAUCGCCUGAUCAAACCUAUUGUCCUCAAGUACCAAAAUAAAAUAGAUGAUGCUAUCGACAAGGCAGCUGAUAGACUACAAGAAGUGUUUGGUAUAGCAAAACAAAAAGUUGGAGAUUUUGCUGAAGAUAUAGGAAGAGGAGCAGCCAAUGAUGCUAUUAGGAAGAGAAUGGCCGACGCCACUAAAGAUGAAUAAAUUUGUGUGUAACCAUGAGGACUAAUGCUCAACCUUCUUCAUUUAAUUAUUGUACAACACCUGGAUUUUUACUCUUAAUUUUUUGCAUAUCAGUUUUUUGUAUUAUUUAAUUUUUACCAGAUGAUUUAUCAUGCCUCCAGUUAUUUAUAGUACAUUCCUUAUUUCUGUUUUCGAAGAAAUGCCAACCAUUUAAUAAGAUAAAACAUGUUCAAUUCAUCCAUUAGAUGUUUCUGGUGCAUUGGUUUACUAAUUCCC